AUGGAAAAUCGAGAGACCGAGACUCCGGAGGAACCACCAAGCAAGAUAGGGUCGCUACAGUUGCUGCACGCCCUACAGGCUAACCCGGUGGUAAAGCCAAUGAGCAAGGGGCUCAUGUAUGUCGAAGCUCGGAUAAAUGAUAAACCGACCCAAGUAAUGGUGGACACGGGACCCACCCAUAAACUUCAUGGCCAUAGAGGAGGCUGUGAGACUUAG